AUGUUCCAUGGAUUGCCAAGUGAAGACCCCAUUGACCACCUUGAUGAGUUUGAUAGGCUUUGUGAUUUGACAAAGAUCAAUGGUGUCUCUGAAGAUGCCAUCAAGCUGAGACUCUUUCCUAUGUCUCUAGCUGACAAAGCUCACCAAUGGGAGAAGAGCUUGCCCCAUGGCACAAUCACCACUUGGGAUGAAUGCAAGAAGGCCUUUCUUGCUAAGUUUUUCUCCACCGGUCGCACAGCCAAGCUUAGAGGAGAGAUAUCCAGCUUCAUCCAGCGAAACAAUGAGACAUUCGCAGAGGCUUGGGAGAGGUUCAAAGGCUACACAAGUCAGUGCCCACACCAUGGAUUCAACAAUGAAUCACUACUCUCCACUCUUUAUAGAGGAUGCUUGCCUAGGUAUAGGGAGAUGCUAGACACAGCUAGCAAUGGGAACUUCCUCAACCAGGAUGUAGAUGAUGGCUGGCAGCUUGUGGAGAACAUAGCUAACUCAAAUGGAAGCUAUGGAGAAGAGUAUGAUCGCACCAACCGGAGCUCGACCCACCACUCGAUCGAGUCAGACGAAAAGUUGAGAAAAGAUGUUAAGGCAUUGAAUGAGAAGUUGGAUAAGCUGAUCUAG